AUGAAGCAGUACACGUUAUCUCUAACCUCCGGCUUGAGGUUUGUGAUAAUUCUGCUUCCUGCGGCGUUGCUGAAACGGGUUUCCUUGCAAGAGCUGUGCAAUGUAUGCCUUAAGCACCUUGAGGUGAUGGAGUUCAAAAAGAAGAAGAGAGCAGAGGAGCGUGCGAGGGAGAGCCAGAAAACCAAGGAAAAAGUCUAUGCUGAUUAUGCUUGGAAAGAUCUACGUGAAGAUUCGACCAAACUGAAACAGCUUCGAGUGCCAGAGCUUAACAAGUACCUCAAGCACCAUGGACUACACCAACAUAUCAAAAGCCUUAAGAACGACAAGGUGAAGGUAAUGGCAAGGCAUUGGCUUCUCCAAAUGAAUCCUGAAGGUCCUGAUCCAUUAAUGCUGCAAACACGACUGAGAGAAAGAGAUGGAGCUGAUAAAGAAUCCUUAAAAAACAGUGACAGCGAUGAAGAUGAGUACAGCAGAAGUGAAAGCGAUGAUAAUGAUAAGAACGACAAUGAUUCCAUCAACUCUGGGGGUGAAGAUGUCAUCCUUGCCUUUAUCGAUGACGAGGAAGAAGUUGAGAGACCAGCAACGACACGCUCUGGAAGAUCCAUAAACAGAAGAUCGGAAAUUGACUUUUCUUUCUUUUGA